AUGACGAUGAAGUCUCAUAUACAGGCACUGGAAGAACGUGCAAACACGGCCAGUAUUCAAGGUACGAUUUUCGGGCAAUUAGCUUCCGAGUCGAUUCCCAAGAAUAUCGAGUGCAUUAAUAUUAAGCUCACAGCCGAAUGGCUCCAGAACAAAUCUUUACAGCUUCUUUCGGACCAGCAGGAAAAAAAAAUUUCUCCCCGGCUAGUGGACAAUAAUCUUUACCAUUUAUGUAUAUUUUCCGAUAACCCACUAGCCGUUUCAGUUGUGGUCAACUCGACUGUUUCAAAUGCCGAGCAUCCAAAACAACUCGUUUUUCAUGUCGUGACAAAUGGGGUGAAGUACGGGGCCAUGCAGGCUUGGUUUAUAUCAAACGAUUUCAGAGGCGCCACAAUCGAAGUUCAAAACAUAGAAGAAUUCACCUGGCUCGACCCGAAAUAUUUCCAUAAUAACCCGAAAUACAUCUCCCUUCUAAAUCACCUCCGUUUUUACGUACCCGAAAUUUACCCACAGGUAGAGAAGGUAAUUUUCUUAGACGACGAUAUAGUGGUCCAAAAGGACUUGACCAAACUUUUCUCGCUCGACCUACACGGGAAUGCGAACGGGGCAGUCGAGACGUGCCUCGAGGCUUUCCACCGAUACUAUAAACACCUCAACUUUUCGAACCCGAUUAUAAGCACCAAAUUCGACCCUCAGGCAUGUGGAUGGGCCUUCGGCAUGAACGUGUUCGAUUUGAUUGCUUGGAGGAGAGAAAACGUGAUUUCAAGGUAUCAUUUUUGGGUGGAGAAGAAUACGGAUAGGUUGAUUUGGAAGCUCGGGACACUCCCUCCCGGGCUUUUGACUUUUUACGGGUUGACCGAGCCGCUUGACCAGAGGUGGCACUUAGAGAAGGUAAUUUUCUUAGACGACGAUAUAGUAGUCCAAAAGGACUUGACCGAACUUUUCUCGCUCGACCUACACGGGAAUGUGAAUGGCGCAGUCGAGACGUGCCUCGAGGCUUUCCACCAAUACUAUAAAUACCUCAACUUUUCGAACCCGAUUAUAAGCACCAAAUUCGACCCCCAGGCAUGUGGAUGGGCCUUCGGUAUGAACGUGUUUGAUUUGAUUGCUUGGAGGAGAGAAAAUGUGACUUCAAGAUAUCAUUUUUGGGUGGAGAAGAAUACGGAUAGGUUGAUUUGGAAGCUCGGGACACUCCCUCCUGGGCUUUUGACUUGUUACGGGUUGACCGAGCCGCUUGACCAGAGGUGGCACGUUUUGGGGUUGGGUUAUGAUAUGAAUAUUGAUAAUGGCUGA